UGAAUAUAGAAAAGAAAAUUUAAUUAUUUUUCCCUACAGCAUAUGCGCCGAACCUAAACCCUUCUUCUUUAAUAUUGGGGGUAGGUGCGCUGCGCUGCGCCCCUCCUCCUUCAUAUUCAAGUUUUUCUACUCUUCAACCUAUACUCCCCAGUUUCUCACCAACUCCAUUUGUCGAAAAAUCUGCAGUAAAAAUGCUAUCUUUAAACCUUCUUCCGCCCUCAAAUGUCAUUCUCUCAAAACCCAGCAACAGACACCGCAUUAACGGUUCCCUUCUGGAUCGAAACAGAGCUCAAUCAGUCAGAAAUCAGGUUAAUGGAUUCUCUCCCGCCGCCCCCAUUUGCCGGAUCCCGGAAUCAAGAUCGGAUUUUGGGAGGUUUCCGGUGCUCCCUUUGGGAAAGUUUUCAAGAUUCCCAUCUCAGAAGGCUGGGGCAGCAGCAUCCGGAGCCCCGCAAGAAUCGAGCCCGGAUGGAGAAAUCGAAGCCCCGAAGUCCGGGAUGAACAAGAAGCUAGCGAUUGUCUUCGGGCUGUGGUAUUUUCAAAACAUUGUUUUCAAUAUUUACAACAAGAAGGUUUUGAAUAUCUUCCCAUAUCCAUGGCUUCUCGCAUCGUUUCAGCUAUUUUGCGGCUCUGUUUGGAUGUUAAUGCUCUGGUCCUCUAAGCUUCAGCCAUGCCCCAAAAUAGAUAAAUCUUUCAUUAUUGCUCUUCUUGGGCCUGCACUUUUCCACACUGUAGGCCACAUUUCAGCUUGUGUUUCAUUCUCGAAAGUUGCUGUGUCAUUCACUCAUGUCAUUAAAUCUGCUGAGCCUGUUUUCACCGUUAUCUUUUCGUCGUUGAUUGGUGAUUCGUACCCGUUGAAAGUGUGGCUCUCGAUCCUCCCUAUCGUGUUUGGUUGCUCAUUAGCUGCUGUGACUGAGGUUUCCUUCAAUUUUGGGGGGCUGUGGGGUGCUAUGAUUAGCAAUGUAGGGUUUGUGCUUCGUAAUGUUUACUCUAAGAAGAGCUUGCAUCGUUUCAAGGAGGUGAAUGGGUUGAAUUUGUAUGGUUGGAUCACAAUACUCUCUCUGUUUUAUCUGUUUCCGGUGGCCGUGUUUGUGGAAGGCUCCCAAUGGGUUGCCGGGUAUCAUAAGGCCGUUGCAAGCGUUAAUCCAUCAACCUUUUACCUUUGGGUGUUGGUAUCUGGAAUAUUCUAUCACCUCUACAACCAGUCCUCGUAUGAGGCCCUCGAUGACAUUAGCCCCCUCACCUUCUCUGUUGGCAACACAAUGAAGAGAGUUGUGGUGAUCAUAGCUAGUGUCUUGGUGUUCAGGAAUCCGGUCCGGCCUCUGAAUGCUCUCGGAUCUGCCAUUGCCAUUUUCGGGACGUUCUUGUAUUCGCAGGCGACAGCGAAGAAGCCAAAGGUCGAAGGAGCUGAGAAGAAGGAGUAGAAUUGCAUGAGGAGGUGAUUUACUUGUUACUACAUUUCAUGUUGGUUCAGAAGUUGGACUGUCUUUAUUCUUGCUUGCUAGGAAUUUUGGACUAAAUAAAGCUUUUGACAUUAAUUCUAAUUGUUUUUGGUGAAAUGGUGAAUGGUUUGGGAUGAUGGUCGAGUUAAAGCUUUCCAGAUUA